AUGGCAGACUACCUCCUCUACGAGGCCCCUAUGGGGUACUCGAUUUUCAAAGUCGUUCACCAGGCCGAUACUGUCGGCAAUCGUCUGAAAGAGGUCCAGGAGAGCGUGCAGGACCUUGCGAAAUUCGGAAAGAUGGUUGAUCUCGUCAGUUUCUUGCCAUUCGAAAACAACAAGCAGGCCCUUAGCGAGAUCAAUGACAUCUCAGAGGGAGUGGCAUCGUCGACACUCAUUUCCUUUCUCGAGCUGAACCUCCCAAAGGCCGGCAAAAAGAAGAAGGUUGUUCUGGGGGUCUCCGACAAAGCACUGGCAGGAAGUAUCAAGGCCGCCUUUCCGUUUGUCGAUUGCGAGACUGGAGACACCAGCGAGGUCGUCCAGGACAUGCUUCGAGGCAUCCGGCUGCAUGCGACUAAGCUCCUGAAGCAGCUCCGUGAAGGCGACAUUGAUACCGCGCAGCUGGGUCUUGGUCACGCCUAUUCGCGUGCCAAAGUCAAGUUUUCCGUCCAGCGAGAUGACAACCAUAUCAUUCAAGCGAUCGCAAUCUUGGAUCAGCUUGACAAGGCUAUCAACACCUUUUCGAUGAGAGUCCGCGAGUGGUACUCUUGGCAUUUCCCUGAGCUCAUUAAGAUCGUUUCGGAAAAUCAACGCUACGCCCGGGUCGCUCUCUUCAUAAAGGACAAGAAGACCCUUACAGAGGAUCGUCUCCAUGAUCUUGCUGCGCUGGUAGACGAUGACGAAGGAGUUGCCCGAAGCAUUAUCGAUGCUGCUAGACACAGCAUGGGUCAAGAUAUCUCGGAGACGGAUAUGGAGAAUGUGAUUGCCUUUGCCCAGCGCGUCGUGAGUCUUUCCAACUAUCGAAAGUCUCUGCACUCCUAUCUGGUCUCCAAGAUGAACGUGGUUGCCCCCAACUUAGCUGCUCUGAUCGGUGAAAUCGUUGGCGCUCGCCUGAUUUCCCACGCGGGCAGCUUGACCAACUUGUCCAAGUACCCUGCCUCCACUGUUCAGAUUUUGGGAGCAGAGAAGGCCCUUUUCAGGGCGUUGAAGACCAAGGGUAAUACGCCUAAAUACGGUUUGCUGUACCAUUCGUCCUUCAUCGGCAGGGCGGGUCCCAAAAACAAGGGCAGAAUAUCACGUUUCCUGGCGAAUAAGUGCUCCAUUGCCUCGAGAAUUGAUAACUUCUCCGAAACUCCAACGACAAAAUUCGGAGAUAUCCUUCGGAAGCAAGUCGAAGAACGCCUGGAAUUUUAUGCCACUGGUGCUCCGCCCACCAAGAAUGAGGUCGCAAUGAAAACCGCCAUGGAUUCUAUCCUGGCUGAUAUGCAAAUUGAUGGCGAAAAGAGCGAUGUAGAAAUGGGUGAUGCCGACGAGAAGGCCGAGAAGAAAGAAAAGAAGGACAAGAAAGACAAAGAGAAGAAGAAGGGGAAGAAGGAAAGAAAGAGAAGAAGGAAAAGGAAGAGAAGAAAGACAAGGGAGACAAGGACAAAGAAGAGAAGAAGGAGAAGAAGAAGCGGAAGUCCGAUGCUGCCGACGGCGAUGUCUCGGAAAAGAAGAAGCGAAAGCGGGAGAGUGACGUCGAACCGUCAAAGAAGAAGUCCAAGGCCUAAAUCUGUCCGAUUUAUGGGAAGGAAUGGGUCAUCUGUGGCGUUUCUGGAUGCUUUGGCGCUUAUUAUUGUUUUAUCUGCUUUGAUUUAUGUUUUGACAGGCUGGAUGCUGCUUGUCCGUUUUGCUCGCGGUGCCCUCUUCCAUGACGACUUCCAUCAGACGUCCUUGCGAUCUUCAGCCCCGCUACUUAGGAUGGCAGCGCCGCUAUUGUAUAGGUCUCCCAAGCGCAAACGAGACGCUUCAGAAUCUGAGGGUUGCAGUCCACCAGCUUCCCCGACCUCAACGGUCUCGAUAGCAAGUUUAGAGGCCCGCCUACGAGAGGAAGAUGAAGGAGGGAGAUACAGUCCCCGCACCGCCGUCGCAGGGCGCCUGAAGGAACUCGCUAUCAAUGAGUCAAAUCUCCAUUCUGAAGUUGAAAGCCAGAAUCUGGAGACCAAAUGGCAGGACCAUUCUUUUCAGUCGGAUGACACGGCUCCUGCUUCGAGUGAUGAUGCCAUGCAAGCGGACUCUCUCAAAGACGGUGAGCCAGAACUGGCGAAAGAAACCAGUAUCGAAGGCGCCGAACAACAGGAUAAAAUAGAGAAUGUUCCUCCUGCUCCAGCUGGGAAAAAGGAGCAAGUCCCAGGAUCUCGCAAGAAGAUCAAGUCAUUGCCAGCAUCCAAAUCACGCAGACGACGGGUAUCUCCGCCGCUCUCCGGAGACGCUGGCGAGGAUUCGCUCACCUGGCGCGACUCAGAGAUCACAGGCCACAACCCUGCUGACCCAAACGAUGAUGGCUACGGUAUGAAUGGGAUUGGUUUCAAGCCGACAGCUGCAGUUGCCUGGGCGAGAGCCCAGAAAAGGCAGCAGCAAGUUGCCGAGUGGAAGAAACGUGAAGCCAAGGAAGCACGGGAGAGACGUCGCGAGCGACGCGAAGGGAUCAAUCGGGCCAGCAUACGUGACGUGCCGGAAGGUACUGUUCAAAAGAAGGUCAAGUUCGACCUCGACGUGGAUAAGAGUUAG